UUCAAAAAAGUUGAGAAUCAAACAAAAAUACCUUCUAGUAACACAUAAAUAUUGAUAUAGCAUAAAAUAAGCAUCACAAACGGCCGCAAUUGUCUGUUAAAAGGGUCCUAAAUUGGAGCUCUCGCAGUUAAAAUUUCCGCUAAUGAGAUAGGGGUCACGUGGUACUGUGUGACGUCAUAAGUGUCAAUUCUUGAAAAGCUCAUCGUAGUGUUUACAUAGAUCGAGAUAACUUUGACAGAAAUAAAACAAAUCCCAAAAAUGGAUGACAGCAAUUAUGACUUGGAGGAUAUUCCGUUGGUAAUGGACAUACGACCUUACAUGUUCGAACCUCCAGCAGAGUGUGUAAAUCAAGAAAAUUCUCCGCAAAGUAGCGAAGAAAGCGAGUCUGACACCGAGGACAACCCAGGUCAUCGACGGAACGGAACGAUUUGGUGCGAGUGUGGAUCAUGCGAGGUGAUGCCCACUGAAGCAGAGUGCAUUUGUUGCUCAGAUAUACCAGUCAUUGACCACAUCAGAGACUACUUCGGUAUAGAGUGCAUCACUCAGCACCAGACAUUUAUAGACAACUGCUUGAACAUUCGAGUUUUAGAGGUCAGCCUUUAUGACUAUAUCCAGUCUGAUGGGCCCAUUGAUGACAAUGAACCAAUUAAUGAAGUCUACAGAUAUGUUGCAUACAGGAGGUUUGUCUUAUGGGUUUGGCAGCGACUAGGCAAGGGGAAUCGAAAAAUCCUUCCAGCAUGUGUAGUUUCCAAGAUAAGGGACAUCUUCCCGUCGGAGCAGUAUACCGGUUUCAAGUAUCCACGCCCUAUUUAGAACACUCAAUGACUGAACCUGGAACGACGCGUAGCUAUCAGAUCUUCUUUUACAAAGCCCUCAAAUCCUAACGUCAGUGCUGGUGGGCAAUAUCCAAGGGACACGUGAGCGUCAUCAUUGGACUGAGUGUAUGAGGGAUGCUGUCUUCGCCGCUCGCAUAGAUUUAUCCGGAGGAUAUCUACAUAGUCUGUGAAAAAAAAAAUUGAUCAUGUAGUUUUAAUCACAUCAACAAUGAAAUUUGUAAAUUAUCAAACUGUGAUGUAGUGCGUUAUAAAUAUGUGUU